AAAGUUGCAGUGUCCGUAAUUCCUAUGACAAUAUUGUUCUAACUUGUUUGUCCUGCAAUGUAAGCACAUUGUCCACAAACUUUGAAUACGUGUAAGAAUACUGUAAGAGUGUAAGUGAUCAUGUGCAUGCUGACUCAUGCCCCAUCGCCCACCACUCCAGCAGUCCCUCUGCCUCGGCAGUCCGCGCUCCACGUUAGAACCCGACCACCUGCCAAGCCUUGAGUUGGUCCUGCAGCAUCUCCACUCUCCCUGUGCUGAAGAGGUGACGACGGCUACUCCCUGACGCUUCUCUUCAUAAACACUAAGUUUCUUAUAUCUAUAUCUGAUUCUGGAUGAAGGCGCUCAUACACUCGUAUGUUUGAUUUCUAACUUGCUAUGUACGAGUAUACCCCUCAGCUCAUCUCAAUUUUCGCCAUGAAGACUUCACUUGGCUGCUUACAAGCGGCCCUUGCCCUUGUCCUCGUCCUCGCUCUGCUUCAGCCUGCAGAGGGAGAUUGUGGACGAGGUGACCAGAUCAUGUGUAGGACUGGAGGCCACUGUAUCUAUAAAAGCUACAUUUGUAAUAAACAACAAGAAUGUCCAGAUGGUUCAGAUGAGGACACCAGAAUGUGUAGGUUGUGGCCGACCAAGAGUGAUCAAUGCCGUCAUGAAAGUAGCAGUUAUAUCUAUUACAACGGAGGCUGUCGAACAACGUAUUACAUGUGCCAGGACAGCAAUCGAGCCAAGAACAUUUACUUCGAAGUUUGCAAGAUUAUUCUUCAGCCGAAACUGGACUUCGAGGGCAACGGAAUGAGCAUGAGUAGUGAAAUGCUCGCUUUGCUGAACUCGGCAGUUAACUCCACACUGAACCAAAAGUUACCGGACUGUCCCAUGCUGUACAUCCGCGUCGGAAAUGAAUGCCUCUCCUUUUUCUCACCGGCCAGGGUGUCGUGGGCCGAAGCUCGACAGUUUUGUCUUAGCAUCUACGGUGACUUGUGGCAUGCAAAGGAUUUGGCAACGUAUGGGCGCCUAAUGGACUACAUGAGAGAAGAAAAACUCACCGGUAAUUACUGGAUUGGUGGACGGUAUGAUAUCGAUACCAACGCAUGGUCGUGGACGACGGAUGACUCCACUAUGCCUCUGGGUGUUCCAUUCUGGGCGAUUAAGUAUGAGAGCUCCUGCGUGCCAAGGGGGCCUCCACACACCGACCCAUACUCCGCUCCGCCCGCAGCUCUACCUGGGGCCCGCUGUUAUCAAGCCGUCUUAUCUCCAAAACAAAGAUCUCCGGGCUGGUGUUCUGCAAUGACAUACGAACACUUCUAUUACUGGUCUGACGAGAUGUGUGAUGAAGCCUUCAGCCCACUGUGCAUCUUCACUGGACCUACCGCCGCCCCCAGCGAGACUGAAGCCAAUUAGGGAGAGACCAAUUCCGUCUUAACCAUGGCCUUAUUAAUUAAGAAUUAUAAAUUUUGUUAAUUUUAACUGCAAUUUUUUUUUUCGGAAGGGAGAACUAUUAUUAUCUAACAUUUCACUACAUUUGAUGAUAUACAAACAAUUAAUAAGAUGGUAUAUCUUGGUGGCUGUGUGCAGUCCGCAAUCUUUUACUGAGAUCUUCAUGAUGUUAGACUUUUCGCAGCUUCUGACAUCUUCCUGUGAUAUAUUGCAGUGCAUGUGACAAUAUUAUUUGCAAAAGCAUAAAUCCUUCCCCUCCAUACCAGGUGAGAUGUGCUUCUUCCUGGAGCAGGAGGUAUUUCAUUGUAUGGCUGCUUUUUCCCUUAGCUUUCUCCAGUAUAGAUAGAUAGAAUGCACUUUAAGUUUUAAUUUUGGCUUACAUUUUAUAUCUUAAUGGCUCCUUUUACAUGCUACCAUGUUCAGUUUGCAAGUACAGAAAGUUACACUAAGUCUUAUUACAUUGUCUUGUAAAUUUUGCUCAGCAUCGUGCAUUAUAAUCAUCAUUAUUAUACUUUGUACGCUUUGUAAUCAAUAAAAUAUCAAUCAAUGAAUUACUA